AUGGAAUUCCCACCGGUAAAAUCCGCCUUGCUCUCCCUCCUCCUCCUCCUGGCCGCUCUCCUCCACCAAUCCCUGGGGAAAUCCCUUCCCGCCGGCUACCGGGAGCACGAGGAUCCCCGGGAAUCUCCGGGAUUGAUCCGGUGUGGGGAAUACAGCAACCAGGUGCUGCCGGACGGGCGGUGCCGCAUCGUGGCCACGCUGCCGCAGGGCGACGAGCAGCGCUGCCCGGACCUGUUCCGCUGCACCGACGAGGUCUCCUACUGGCUCCACGAGAACGAGGAGCGCAAGCAGCAGAUCCUGGAGCUGCGCGAGCUCAUCGCCGAGCUCCAGGAGGAGCUGCGCAACCACCGGCACCGCCUCAAGGCCCUGGAGAUACAGCAGGAGGAGGCGGCAGGGCGGAACCAGAGCCUGCUCCAGAGGCUGCAGGACCUGGAGCAGCAUUCCCGGGAAUCCAGCACGCUGCAGCACAUCCAGGCCACGCUGCUCUACGACAUCCAGGCGCAGAUCAACAACAUCUCGGCGCUGGCCGACUGGGCCUGGAGGAACCCCAGCUGCCUCCACGCCGCCGACAUCCGCGCCCAGGAGGAGAUGCGGCACCCAGGAGGACAGACGGAGGAGAUGUGGCAUGCAGGUGGUGGGAAUGAGAUCGGGAAUGGGAUUGUGAACGGGAUCAGGAAUGGGAUCAGGAAUGGGAUCGGGAUCCUGCUCCAUCCCGCUUCU